AUGAAGUUGCCCUCGUUCGCCAGCUUGGCGCUUGUCCUUUCUUCCGUGGCAACCACCUUUGCUGCCAAAUCCUUCUCGGCUUCCAACCUAUACUACGCCGCUGGCUUGACUGAUAGUCAGCAGACCACUCUUUUGACCGGUCUCCAAAGCGCUGGUGUCAAGGUUCUUCGCGUGUGGCUAGACGGCCAAUCUGGCAAUACAAAAGGCACGCCCAUCAACAGCUUCAAUGGCUUGCAAGGCACAGGUCCCGAUGACUGGGACGAUACUGUUCUGAACAGACUUGACAAUUUCAUGGCAAAGGCCCAUGGCUACGGCAUUAAGCUCCUCAUCUCCAUCCACAGCUACAAUGCUCUUGAGGGUAACCGUGACUUUUAUGGAAAGUAUUACGGCACCGGCGACUUCUAUACCAAUACCCAAGCCAUUGCCCAAUUCAAGCAGCGAAUUGCUCAUGUUCUUGCGCACAAGAACCCCAAGAAUGGGAAGACAUGGGCCCAGAGCUCUGAAUACAUCUUUGCUUUUGAGGCUCAGAACGAAGCCAUGCACCCCCAGGGAAACAAACCUGCACUCCAAUCGUGGCAGUGCACCAUGGCCAAGAGCAUCAAGGACAACUUACAGGGAAACACAAAGAUCCUGGUCACUACUGGCGGUGGCUCUUACGUAGACGACUCCCUCCUCGAUGGCUACUUCAGCUGCAGCAGCCUUGAUGUUCUUGCCAUUCACGCUUAUGGCACCGGGGACCUCAACACCGCCAAGCUCAAGCCAUACGUUGACAAGGCCAAGAAUGCCGGCAAGAAGCUCAUCAUGCAGGAGUGGGGUGCUUGCUACACAAACGCAGCGAACAACAACUGUAACGGCGGCUCGCCACUGUCUACAAGCACCAGAGACGCCAACAUCAAGAAUUGGGCUGCUGCUAUUGAUGCAUCGGGCAUUCCUUGGUUUUACUGGCAGAUUCUGCCUAACCCUGAUCCCCACUACGACUGGGACUAUGAGGUCGGUAUCAACGAUGUGAACUGGGGUGCUCUCAAGGCUGCUGGACUUGCUGCGGGUAAGGCGGAGUCUGCCUUUGACUUUAGUCCAUACCUUUUGUAA